AGUAAUAUAUACAUGAGCGUCGCGACGCCGCUUCAUUCAGUAGGUUUAUUCUUAUCGGUAGAAGCAGUCAGUAGUUGCCGCAGGUGCUUUCCGCAAAGUGCGAUCGUGAUUUGUGUUCGACGAUUCAUUUUGUGCGGUCAGACUAAUUUUGGUUCUUUUUCACAAUUGGUUAUCCACCCAUCAAUGAUCGACAUCGUUCAGAAAAUGAAAACGGAGGACAAGAAUAAUAUGCCAAAAGUUCGUAUAGCAGUCAUUGGAAAAUCGAAUGUUGGAAAAUCAGCGUUGACCGUUCGAUACUUGACAAGGCGCUAUAUUGGAGAAUACAGGAGCAACACAGAUUUGCUCUAUCGGCAGACGCUUACGAUCAACAACGCACCGAUUGAGGUCGAAGUUGUGGACGUCUGUAGCUGUGAUUUAGCAAGAUUUCCGGAGGAGCCAAUUUUUUGGGCAGACGCCUGUGUGGUCGUCUACGAUAUAACCUCCAAGAAAAGUCUAACUCACGCUACCGAACUAAUGCAGAAGGUCCACCAGUUGAGGUCGCAGCACCAAAUUCCAAUGCUUCUGUUGGGGAACAAAGCUGAUUUAGAACACCUCCGCGAGGUGGAAGAAAUUGAAGGUAGAACGCUUGCAGUGCAACACGGAUGUCAAUUUUACGAAGUUUCGGUUGCGGAAAAUAGUUCCUUGAUAUACAGUGCGUUCGACGUCCUUCUAAGUGAAUGUCGGUCCGUAUUAAGCACGCAAAAGACGAGAAAAUUUUCUGUAUCGAAAAUGAUAGGCACUUUAAUAGGAAAUAACAACGGAAAAGUAACGACGAACGCGAAUCAAGGAGGAACUGUCGUAGUGUGUCAUAAAUCCGACUUGUACAAGUCGAGGGUGUUGAAGCGAAGACACAACUUUACAGCAACCGCAUCACUGUGACUAAUUGAGAACGAAGAACAACCUGGGAAUUUUCUUUGCUUUAUUGACUUCCUUUAUAAGAAGUCAUGUUUGUACAACUAAACUAAGUAGUUGUUUCUUGGAUCUGAAUGAUCGGCGUCAUUGGUUAGAGGCGCUUUUUCAAUGGAUUGUCGUUUCUCAGUUUUAUGAGAGACUCGGAAGUGUCAAUUAGGAAAGAUAAUAUUUUUUAAAAAUAGUUUCCUCGAGACUUUUAGCACUGAACCAACUUAAUUAGUAAUGGCAUAUCAAACGUGUUUUUU